CCCGGGUGCCACCGCCCGCAUCCGCCCGGGCCGGAACGCGCGCCUCACGCUGAGCCCGGGAAGGUCACAGGAGCCGUCGGCCCGGCCCCGCCGGCCCGGCCGCUCCCGAGGCUGCGGCCCUGCCCCCGUGCUGUUGGCGCGGAGCGUCCCCCUGGCAUGGCCCGGGCCUCCCCCGGGGUCUGCUCGGCCCCUGGCUCCUGACCUCACGGGCUGAGGCUCUCCCAGAUGAGGGAAUCGCGGGGCCACGCCCCGGGCAGAUGGUUGCGCCCCGUGGAGCUCCUUCCAGUCUGCCCUUGCGGCUGUUUCCCCGUCGGAGGACGCGAGGCCCCUUCCACCGGGGCGGUACCACCGGGACCCUCGGCGAGGGAGGCGCCGCGCCUGCCUUUCCCCCUUUGUUGGUCUCUCGGCUGCUGGGGGCAUUCCACAACCAAAAACAGGUGACCAGAGGUUUUGCUGGUGGUGUUCAGACAGUAACUUUAAUUCCAGGAGAUGGUAUUGGCCCAGAAAUUUCAGCUGCAGUUAUGAAGAUAUUUGAUGCUGCCAAAGCGCCUAUUCAGUGGGAGGAGCGGAAUGUCACUGCCAUUCAAGGACCGGGAGGAAAGUGGAUGAUCCCUCCAGAAGCCAAAGAGUCCAUGGAUAAGAACAAGAUGGGCUUGAAAGGCCCAUUAAAGACCCCAAUAGCUGCUGGUCACCCAUCUAUGAAUUUAUUGCUGCGUAAAACAUUUGACCUUUAUGCAAAUGUGCGGCCAUGUGUCUCAAUCGAAGGCUAUAAAACCCCUUAUACUGACGUAAAUAUUGUCACCAUUCGAGAGAACACAGAAGGAGAAUACAGUGGGAUUGAGCAUGUGAUCGUGGAUGGAGUUGUGCAGAGCAUCAAGCUUAUCACUGAGGAGGCGAGCAAGCGCAUUGCUGAGUUUGCAUUUGAGUACGCCCGGAACAAUCACCGGAGCAAUGUCACAGCCGUGCACAAAGCCAACAUCAUGCGAAUGUCAGAUGGACUUUUUCUGCAAAAAUGCAGGGAAGUUGCAGAAAACUGUAAAGAUAUUAAAUUUAAUGAGAUGUACCUGGAUACAGUAUGUUUGAAUAUGGUCCAAGAUCCGUCCCAGUUUGAUGUUCUUGUUAUGCCAAAUUUGUACGGAGACAUCCUAAGUGACCUGUGUGCGGGAUUGAUUGGAGGUCUUGGUGUGACACCAAGUGGCAAUAUUGGAGCCAACGGGGUUGCCAUCUUUGAGUCGGUUCAUGGGACCGCCCCGGACAUUGCAGGCAAGGACAUGGCCAAUCCCACCGCCCUCCUGCUCAGUGCUGUGAUGAUGCUGCGCCACAUGGGACUUUUUGACCACGCAGCAAGAAUUGAGGCUGCAUGUUUUGCUACAAUUAAGGACGGAAAGAGCUUAACAAAAGAUUUGGGAGGCAAUGCAAAAUGCUCAGACUUCACCGAAGAAAUCUGUCGCAGAGUAAAAGAUUUAGAUUAAGGCUUCAAAUGGUGUUUGCAUCAGUCGCUCCUAAUGGACACCACAUAAAGUUAUAUUAGAAUACCUCCCAUUAUGUAUGCAUUUGCUUUGCUUGUUUCUUGACAGUACAUUUUUAGAUCUGGCCUUUUCUUAAAAUAUGUACAAAGGAUGCAGGUAAUGUCCCUAGGUCUGCUUUCAAAGGACUUUUUCAAGUGCUUGUUUUAUUUAUUAAAUGUCUGUGUUUACAGUUUAUCAUUUGCCGUUGUUAACCAUUUUACACUAAAGUUAAAACAGUUUUUCCUCAGCUGUAAAUAUCAUGAGACAGAAUUAAUAAGAGAAAACAUCUAACUUUUUAAAGAAAAACUGUUUUCCUUGUUUAUGAAAAAUAUAAUAGAAAUAAAACAGAAUAUUGACAUAACAGCACAAGACAACAUUCUUAUAAAACUAAAUGGGCACAAGAGAAAUUUCCUAGGAAAGUUCACAUCAAAAAAAGGGAAUACAGUAUAUUUCUUAGUGAUGUAGAAUUAGGACAGAUUUUUUUCCUUUACAUGAAUUACUGAAUAUGAAUAAAGUCUUCUGAUCUAAGAAAUAUAUAAUGAGAGAUGUAAUUUUUGUUAAUAAGAUGUAGGUAAUAUAUUUGGUACAAAGACAGAAAUGCAUUAUGUAUGCAAUUAUUUUGUUAUCCUGAGAUUUACUAUACUUUCUGAGAGCUUUUAAUGAAGUGAAGGGGUGGUACUUCCUUUUCAUUGGACACACUAAGCAUCACAGCCUUUGAGCCCCUGGACUGCCACUCUUGAGUCAGACAUGGGAGCUACCAUUGUGUGCAGUUACUCUUCUGCAGCACGCAUGUCACUGUCUGGAAAUUGACCACACUCCAGCUGAUACUGCUAAAAGGCCUGACCACGUAUAUUUUGGCUGCAGUUGAGGAACUGGGGAUGCUGGCUAUUAAUUUUAUAUUUUAACGGCUGGCUUUUCCCUUCCCCAAAGCACCAAAUCACUACCCUCCACCUCAACACCACCAGUACAAGAUGAGAUUGCAGAGACUGGAGCAGACUCAGCCUGAGUGGAUACAUAAAAUUGUGCCAUACUGGGGCUUGGGCUCAGUUUCUGACCUUCAGGCAUCUCCCCUGCCCCUUCCACUCCCUGCCCCAGCAUGAUUUUUCUUAAUCUUUGGGCAGUAAGUUACUGUUUUCAUGAACAGUUACCCAUUGGCCUCACAUCAAAGGUAGCUCAUGCCCUCCCUUGCCCCUUGUGUAACACUGUAACCUGUGGCUUUGCAAAAUGUACCCAGGUCACAAGGGGAUUUCUUAACAACAACAGAUAUCUCUGCCUGGGUUCUUUUUUAGGCUUGUAACCGGACUUAGAAUCUUAGAUGUAUUUUAAUUUCUUUAAGCUGCUGCUUCCUGUGUUUUAUUGGAUUGUGCUAAUUAUCAGUGAUUCUUGGGUUCACACAAAUAAAAGAAUUCCAAAACUGGUUGAGAUA